UGCUGAUUGGUUAUUUGGCAGCGGCUGCCGUACGGGUCGGCGAGAGGACUUAGAGCCGGAUCAAGGGCAAAGACGAAUUGUUUUUAUUUUUAAUCUAUUUAUUGAUCAACGGAGGGUGCAGCGGCGCCGGUCGGUUCGAGUGCUCCCGCUCGAGGGACGGUUUAGUUCCCGUUAACAAAUCUGAUCGCGCAGCUCGCGGUGCCAUCAUGGCGGCGGCGGUGAGAGAGCGGGGUCUCCAGUGGGCCCGGAGAAGCUGCAGGCAGCAAUGGCUUUGUGCACCGGCCUUCUUAAGAAACGCUUCAACAGGCACUUGCAGAAUCGAGAAAAUUCUUAUUGCGAAUCGGGGUGAGAUUGCCUGCAGGGUAAUGAGGACAGCAAAGAAGUUGGGUGUUCGUUCUGUCGCUGUGUACAGUGAAGCAGACAAAAAUUCCAUGCAUGUCACAAUGGCUGACGAAGCUUACCACAUAGGACCAGCAGCCUCUCAGCAGAGCUACCUAAAUGUGGAAAAGAUAAUCCGGGUCGCUAAAACAGCAGCUGCCCAGGCCAUCCAUCCAGGCUAUGGAUUCCUUUCAGAGAAUACAGAGUUUGCAGAACGAUGUAAAAAGGAGGGCAUCAUUUUUAUUGGACCGCCUUCUUCAGCCAUUCGAGAUAUGGGCAUCAAGAGCACUUCGAAGGCCAUAAUGUCAGCUGCUGGGGUGCCUGUCAUUAAAGGUUACCAUGGUGAUGAACAAUCUGAUCAACAUUUAAAAAGGGAAGCCAGUAGAAUUGGUUAUCCUGUGAUGAUAAAAGCAGUUCGAGGUGGAGGUGGCAAGGGUAUGCGUAUUGCUCAAACAGAGGCUGAUUUCAUCGAACAGUUGGAAUCUGCACGUAGAGAAGCAAGGAAGUCCUUUGAUGAUGAUGUUAUGCUGAUAGAAAAGUUUGUUGACAACCCAAGGCAUGUAGAAGUACAAGUGUUCGGAGACCAGUACGGCAAUGCUGUCUAUUUGUUUGAAAGAGACUGCAGUGUACAAAGAAGACAUCAAAAAAUUAUUGAAGAAGCACCUGGGCCUGGAAUUAGUCCUGAGGUGAGGAGAAGACUUGGUGAAGCUGCUGUCCAAGCUGCGAAAGCUGUCAAUUAUGUAGGAGCUGGGACAGUAGAAUUUAUCAUGGACUCUCAGCAUAAUUUUUAUUUCAUGGAAAUGAACACAAGAUUACAGGUGGAGCACCCAGUCACUGAGAUGAUAACAGGAACUGAUCUUGUUGAAUGGCAACUUCGGGUUGCGGCUGGAGAGGAACUUCCUAUGACACAGAAAGAACUCUCUGUCAAAGGUCAUGCAUUUGAAGCAAGAAUUUAUGCAGAAGAUCCAAGUAAUAACUUUAUGCCGGGAGCCGGGCCUUUAAUCCAUCUGUCAACACCUGUACCAAAUGCUUUUACAAGAAUUGAAACUGGAGUCAAGCAAGGUGACGAAGUCUCUGUACACUAUGAUCCAAUGAUUGCCAAGCUGGUGGUUUGGGGCGAUGACCGUACAGUGGCACUAAAUAAAUUAAAAUAUUGCUUGCAUCAGUACAAUAUUGUAGGCUUAAAUACCAACAUAGAUUUCUUACUCUGUCUUGCUGCUCAUCCUGAAUUUGAAGCUGGAAAUGUGCACACAGACUUUAUCCCUCAACACUAUGAUGCACUUUUCCCAAAAAAGAAAGCAACCAGUAAAGAUGUCCUGUGCCAGGCAGCACUUGCUUUAAUACUGCAUGAAAGAAUUCAGACUGACAAGUUUAAGGCAUUUUCACAUGAUCCAUUUUCUCCAUUUGCAAACAAUAGUGGGAGACGAUUGAAUAUUUUGUACAGCAGGAAUCUUGUGUUACUUGAUGGGCAGAACAAGGUCAAUAUUGAUGUGACAUAUAACCGUGAUGGAACUUACAGUAUGAAGGUUGAUGGAGAGGUAUUCCAUGUAUUUGGAGAACUGGAUAAGGAGGAUGAAGCGAAAUACCUGAAAUGUUCAGUCAAUGGAAUUGUUUCCAAGCCUAAAGUAGUUCUUACAAACAACACUAUUCACCUGUUUUCAAUGGAAGAAGCUGUGCAAGUUAACAUCCCUGUGCCAAAGUAUUUAGUUGGAAUUGAUGCCUCUGGAUCUCGGGGAGGAGCAGUUGCACCAAUGACUGGAACUAUUGAAAAGGUGUUUGUUAAGGAAGGUGAUCAUGUCAAGGCUGGAGACGCACUAAUGGUGAUGAUAGCUAUGAAAAUGGAGACACAAAUGAAGAAAUGCAAGUGCUUGAAGGAUUUUGGAGAAGAACUUGAGACUAAUCACUCGGAAAUAUGGGAGAUAUUUGAACUUUUGUUAUUUAGAAAGUAUUUGGCUAAGAUAGAAUCUUACAAAAAUCUACAAAAUAGUAAACAUACUACUUUACAUCAGAUUGUAAAGGCAAUUUAAACUAAGACAGAUAGUUCUUCUAUAACGUGGUGAUUGCGUUCUUGUACAACCCUGUGUUAUAGAAAAAUAGCAUUUUAGAAAUAGCACUUGAAGUGUUGGUGAUUUAAUUGUGUUACAGCCAACACACAUUUUUGAUGUUUGUGCUUUAAAAAGUGAUCUCAAUUUGUCAAUCACAUUACAGUGAAUUUGUGUUCAUGAAACACGUAUUAUAGCAAGAUGACCUGUACAGUGAAUUUGGGGCUAAUUUCAAAAUGGCAUUCACGAUAAUGGAUUUCCAAAUACAAUAGUGGAGGCAAAUGUUUUGGAAUUUUUUUAUUUUUGUUUUUUGUUGGUUUAUUUUAUUAAUUAUGUAGUUGGAACAAUGCGGAGUACAGGGUCUGGCUGGAUAGAUAAACUCAGAUGAGGUGAAUUGCCUUUCUCAGACAUUUUUAUCAUAUUAAUUUGGGAAAAGGUAAAAGCUGUGUCUGUAUUUAUU